CGCCUUGCGCGUCCCCAUUAAGCCGCGGACACACGCACACACACAGAGAGAGAGAGAGAGAGAGAGAGAUGGGUGGGGAAGACGAGGUAAGGAACAAGCAGGUGGUGCUCAGGCAAUAUGUUACAGGCUUCCCCAAGGAGGAAGACAUGGCCAUCAUCUCCACCACCAUGAAGCUGAAGCUUCCGGAAGGUUCAGCAGGGGUGCUGGUGAAGAACCUCUACCUCUCCUGCGAUCCUUACAUGCGUCAUCCGAUGAGUGCUGGAUCAGGGACGUCAGACUACCUCCCUAAGUAUUAUCCUGGAUCGCCCUUGUUUGGUUACGGCGUAUCAAAAGUGGUGGAUUCAAGAAGCUCUGAUUUCAAGAUAGGGGAUUUAGUAUGGGGAACAACUGGAUGGGAAGAAUACAGCGUGAUAUCAAGCACUGACCGUCUUACUAAAAUCGAGGAUAUCAGCGUUCCACUCUCUUACUACAGUGGCCUCCUGGGCAUGGCUGGAUUCACAGCUUAUGUUGGAUUUCAUGAGAUUUGCUCCCCUAAGAAAGGUGACUGUGUAUACGUAUCAGCAGCAGCUGGAGCAGUUGGGCAGCUCGUUGGUCAGUUUGCCAAGCUGUUAGGUUGCUAUGUAGUUGGUAGUGCAGGAAGCAAGGAGAAGAUUGAUCUUUUGAAGAAUAAGCUUGGCUUUGACGAGGCAUUUAACUACAAGGAGGAACAUGACUUGGAUGCUACUUUGAAGAGGUACUUCCCAGAGGGAAUUGAUAUCUACUUCGAGAACGUGGGUGGACCAAUGCUUGACGCAGUGCUCCUCAACAUGAAGCUCCAUGGCCGCAUCUCUGUGUGUGGGAUGAUCUCCCAGUACAAUCUUGAGAAACCACAAGGAAUACACAACUUGAGGCAGGUCGUGGCAAAGCGCAUAAAUAUACAAGGCUUCCUGCAAUCUGACCACUUUCACUUGUAUCCUCAGUUCCGCCAUUUGACUCUUCGUUACAUCAAAGAAGGUAAGAUAACUUACGUGGAAGACAUAGCUGAAGGCCUCGAAGCUGCCCCUGCUGCACUAGUCGGAAUCUUCAAGGGGAGAAAUAUAGGGAAGCAGUCUGUAUUUAUCGCCCGUGACCAAGUUUAAUGAUAACCAGUGAGUACUUUGUUGAGGCGACGGCUAGUCUGCAGCAAGAGUAACUUUCCUCUUGUGCAGAAGUUUUUUCCCUUUGGUUGUUUUAUUUCCUUUGUUGUUCCCAUCGGUUCUCCUCAAUAUAUGUCUGUAAGGGUGAACCACCAAAAAAACAAGAAAGAAUGAAAAGAAAAAGUCUGGUUUUGUUCGUUCGUGGAUGUAGGCAACAAUAGCCGAACCACGUUAACUCUUGUUUAUGUGUGAUUGCCAUCUUUCUUCAA